UUUUUGGCAACGCCUAAAAACUAAAACACAAAAUACAAAGCAAUCACGCCAAUCAGCUUACUUUUAGCUUUUACCUCACACAAACAUAACAAACUCUACGCGUAGUUUCGUGCAGUUUCUUUCCUUGCAAACGCUAAUAGAAUGUCAAAAAUGAAAGCGAAAAAGGAACCGUCUUCAGAUUUGGAACAGAGUCUACUUAGUACUGAAAAACUAGAUCGCGCCUCUCCUGACAUUUGGCCUGAACGAAACUAUCCAGGGAUAGAGUACGUCAUUGAGCCUCCAAGAUCACCAGAGAUGCCAGCGUUACCCCAAUCCAUCAUUCCCCAAGAAUUGGACAAGCAUGAUUAUACACUAGUUGGACGUUAUUCCAAAUUAACAGCACAAGAACUGAUAGCUGAAGUCAAGCAAUUGCAGAAUUUAGCUUAUCAGCUUGGUCUGGAAGAAGCCAAAGAAAUGACAAGAGGAAAAUACCUAAAUAUACUUUCAUCUAACAAAAAAAGAAAAAUCUAAAUAUGAUAGUAUAUGUUGACUAAUUUGAAACAAGUCUAACACAAAUUUUGCAUUUCUUUUUUUUCUGAUUUUGUUUAUUCGUUCUUUAAAAGAAAUAAUAGUUUAGCUGUGGACUCUGAUGAUAAGUACAACAGAGAUGUCGAAUUUUA